GACAGGAAGCACGUGUGCCUGAUGUAGUUGCAGGAAGAUGGAGAAUGUUACUGAAGGGACGUGGGACUCUCUGCCUCAGAAAUUAAAUGGCAGUAUCAGGCGGACUCUGGAGGAAUUAAAAUUCACUCAUAUGACCCCGGUGCAAUCAGCAACAAUCCCCUUGUUUAUGAACAACAAAGACAUUGCGGCAGAAGCGAUAACUGGAAGCGGAAAAACACUGGCAUUCGUCAUUCCACUUUUGGAAAUUCUCCUGAAAAGAGAAGAAAAGUUGAAGAAAAAUCAGGUUGGUGCUUUAAUUAUAACCCCAACACGUGAACUUGCAGUGCAGAUUGAUGAGGUGCUCUCAUGUUUCACAAAGCAUUUCCCACAAUUUAGUCAGAUUCUCCUAAUUGGGGGAAGUAACCCUGUGGAUGAUGUAAGAAAAUUUAAAGAACAUGGUGGAAACAUUAUUGUGGCCACACCGGGACGACUGGAGGAUAUGUUCCGCAGACAGGCUGAUGGACUGGAUUUAGUCAUCUGUGUGAAAACCCUUGAUGUUCUAAUUUUGGAUGAAGCAGAUAGACUUUUGGAUAUGGGAUUUGAAGCAAGCAUAAAUACCAUAUUAGGGUUUUUGCCAAAACAGAGAAGAACUGGUCUGUUCUCAGCAACACAAACUCAAGAGCUAGAGAAUCUGGUGCGAGCUGGGCUUAGGAAUCCUGUCCGUAUCGCUGUGAAGGAGAAGGGGGUAGCAGCAACCAGUACACAGAAAACACCUAUACGUCUACAGAAUUACUACAUGAUCUGCAAGGCAGAUGAAAAGUUCAACAAACUCAUUGCAUUUCUGCAGAAAAGGAAACAAGAAAAGCACCUGGUAUUUUUCAGUACAUGUGCCUGUGUGGAAUAUUAUGGAAAAGCACUAGAAAUGCUUUUAAAACCUGUGAAAGUGAUGUGUAUUCAUGGAAAAAUGAAGCAUAAGCGCAACCGGAUUUUUACAGAGUUCAGGAAGAUUAACAGUGGUAUAUUAGUCUGCACAGAUGUGAUGGCACGUGGAAUUGACAUUCAUGAAGUAAAUUGGGUUGUGCAGUAUGAUCCCCCUAGUAGUGCCAGUGCCUUUGUUCACCGAUGUGGACGUACAGCCCGGAUAGGUCAUCAUGGAAGUGCACUUGUGUUUCUGCUUCCCAUGGAAGAAUCAUACGUCAGUUUUCUUUCAAUAAACCAAAAGUGCCCACUGCAAGAAAUGACAGAGCUAAUAAUUUCAGUGGAUCUUCUCCCCAAAUUGAAAGCCAUGGCAGAGACUGACCGCGCUGUGUUUGAGAAGGGAAUGAAAGCAUUUGUGUCCUAUGUGCAAGCGUAUGCUAAGCAUGAGUGCAACUUAAUCUUCAGGGUAAAAGAUUUGGAUUUUUCUUCUCUCGCCCGAGGAUUUGGCCUGCUGAGGAUGCCCCGGAUGCCGGAAUUGAAAGGAAAGAAUUUCUCAGACUUUGUUUCCACCUUAAUUGAUACAGACUCCAUUGCAUACAAAGAUAAGAACAGAGAAAAACAGAGGCAGAAAAUGCUGAAAGAGCGAAAAGAAAAACUGGAGACCGAAGGCAGGAAACAUUUUGCAAAGAACAAGGCAUGGUCCAAGCAGAAAGCCAGGAAGGAAAAGAAACAGAAAGUAGCACUAAAACGGAAAAAAGAAGAGGGAUCCGAUAUAGAUGAGGGUGAUGUGGAUGAAUUGCUCCAAGACACUAGAUUAUUGAAGAGACUGAAAAAGGGCAAAAUUACUGAGGAGGAGUUUGAGAAACAGCUGACAGCAGUUGGAGGAAAAAGUGAAGUUGAAGAAGGAUCUGAGGACUCGAACUGAUCUUAUGCUUAUUUACACAGUGAAAAAAGUGGAUCUGUAGUGUACACAAAAGCUAAUCCAUUUACAUUGCCUCGUAAGAGGGAUGUAGUAUGUUGCGAUACACUAAAGCACAGCAGACAUCUAACUGUACAUAAAAUAAACAUACCAUGUGUUUCCUGAAGUAACAAAAGGCAUGGUUCUGGACGGAUUUCAUUUUGUUUAAAAUAAAUAUACAUUU